AUGGACUGUUUCUACAAGUUGUUUCUGGCGGCUCUCUUGUGUAUCGUCCUGGUUGAUGUUGGCCGUUAUUGGUACUUGCAUCAUCACCAUACUACUGCUCUUAUCGACAAAACCUACGUCAUACAAGACUUUUAUCAGGGCAACGAUUUCUUCAAGAACGUACCACCUGUCUACUUUCAGCUUUUCUUAUCGGCUAAUUGUCUUCCACCAUCUAGUGACUGGAUUUUCGCCGUUGGCCCGGAUCCCACUGGUGGGAAUGUCAUCUAUCAAAGCCAAUCGGACGCGCAGUCCAAGGGACUUGCGUAUGUCAACGACAAUAACUCGUUGAUCCUUGCAGUUGAUUCAACUAGCACCGUUGCUGCUGGCGGCCAACGUGCCUCUGUUCGUAUAACAUCUCAGAACAGUUACGAUGGCGGCCUCUUUAUCUUUGACGCCUCCUACAUGCCUGUAGGUUGUUCUACGUGGCCCAGCUUCUGGACCGUUGGCCCGCACUGGCCCAUGGCUGGUGAAAUCGACAUUGUAGAGGGCGUGAAUAAUCACGACACAAAUCAGAUGACACUUCAUACUGGCUCAAACCAAACUUGUACCAACGAAAUGACAAAUAGUACCCAACAGUUUACGGGCCAGAUAAAAAAGAACAACUGUCACAGCUCCAGGCAUGCGGACUCGGGCUGCAGCAUCGAGGACACCAACACAAGCUCUUUUGGUUAUGGUUUCAACAAUGCAGACGGCGGUGUCUUUGCACUCUUAUGGGACAAUUCCGCUGGCAUGUCGAUAUGGCACUUUGCUCGGGCUAAUAUCCCUGCGGAUCUCAUAGCCCAAACGCCCAGGCCUUCUACAUGGGGCAUACCAGCCGGACUCUGGUCUUUACAAACCUGUGACAUCUCGACCAAUUUUUACGAGCACCAGAUGGUCAUUGACACUACUAUCUGCGGCGAUUGGGCAGGAGGUAGUAUCUACGCCCAAUCUGGAUGUCCAGGAACGUGUUCAGAUAUGGUCGCCAAUGCUACCAACUACGUUGAUGCCAAGUGGGUCAUCAAUUACGUCGCCGUCUAUCAUUAA